AUGGCAGCAAUCUUUGAGAAGCUGCCAACGUCGCUGCCGACGGCAGACCGGCCUGACUCGAUGGCAACUGUUGCUUCAAUUCUCACCAACGACUCCGUCGCCACAGACGCUACAGAGACUCUGCCUCGAAAACCCUCUUCCGAAGAGUGUCACGAUGAGGCAGACGAGGGCGAUGAUUCGCUCGUUUUUGCCAUUAGGGCAUUACGCCUGCUCGACAACCCGCAGUCUGCCGCCACGGAAGCAAUCCAGGCUUUCGACCCCAAAGCCAACCUGCACCCCGAUCUUGUUCGGCUCUUGGUUGCAGCGGCUAUGAAGCACCCGGAUGUUGCUCAGGGACUGAUUGAGCUAGGUCAAAAUAUUCACGGCGGCCAGCUCGGUCGCUCAGGGGCUCUGCAGCAGCAUGGUGAUGUUCUCUACCAGCAACCAACCGGAGUAUUGGACCAGAUUAGCAUCUCUUCGCUACUUUCGAGUAUCAACGAAUCUUCAGCCAGGAGAGCACCGUCUCCCAACAGGGACACCGCUUCUGCUCCAUCUUUGAAGCGCCGCCUGAGUGUCUUAUCCACCAAGAAGGCACACGACACACAACAGGGCCCACCGAAGAGAAAGGAGAAGAUCUCAGUAGACACCAUCAGGAAGAUUUGCAAGGCGAACCUCAAAGACACCAAGGAGAGCAUUGACAAGCUUGAGCAAGCUGAUUACGCGGACGAGUUCCUCAGCGCGGAUGAGCUGAAGAGGCAGGCAGAGGAGUAUCUAGGCCACGAGACUGGGAAAUUCGCGCUGUGCCUCGCACUCACUCUGCGCAACGAAGAGCAGCGAUGGGAGAGUGUCACUCACCUCAUGGGCACCAUGGCCGAAAAGCUCAAGAUUCUUCUCUCCACAAAGGGGCGAUUCAGCCCAUCAGGAGACGUUGGACUUCCUGGCCAGGACGGGUUCGGCAUCCGUGACUGCUGGGUCGUGCUCUCCGAGGCCGAACAGGAGAGGCUGGCCUUCGACAAGCAGUGGGUGAAGCAGCUCAGGGAGGCAGCACAGGUUGCACCCCGGCACGCGGCCAUGGUCUGGGAGAUUUUGGAUAUGUGCGACAAGAUCCAGGAGACUGUCGCGCCACCGCGGUCCUCAGAGGAGAAGGCCGGGGUGAUCAAGCGGCCGGCCAUGACGGCGCGCUCCCCGGAGGAGAUCACGGACCGGUGGUGCUUUUUCUUCGACCUCCUCGACGAGGAGGCCGCCAGGCGGUGCUUCCGCGAGCUGAGGCUCCUGCGCCAGCUCUUCAAUGCUGCUAACCAGGCACCAACCGACCGCAUGGCCAACCUAAAAUCGAAGGCGAGGAAGGCUUUUGCCGAGAAGCAGGACGAUGACCUGGAGCGCUGGUUGGACACUAAGUGGGCCAUGUCGGCGAUGAAGGGCUUCAUGAUGACCAAGGCUGAGCUAUACGAUGUUGACGGCAGCGCAGACAGCUUGAGCAAACUGGAGAAGCUGGAUGACGCGUUCUGCAAAUGCUUCUGGGGUUGUCUGGGGUCUGGUGACCACAAACGGCUCGCCCAGGAGGACGGCAAGAAGUGGGUGACAGAUAUCAUGAAGGUUUUCCAGCACAGGAGGAGGUAUGAGGCCGACCAGGGGCAGCUCUCUGAGGAGCAGAUCGAAAGCUUCAAGGAAGCUUUCUUGGUUUUUGUUAGUACCACGCCCAAGUCAACCCCUCUCGCACUUACUGCCAAGGACAAGGAUGGCAAUGGCGAGAUCACCAAGGAUGAGCUCGGGACAAUCAUGCGCUCCCUCGGUCUGAACCCCACCGAUGGCGAGCUCCAAGAUAUGGUCGACGAGGUCGAUGUCGACAAGAACGGCACUAUUGACUUCAAGGAGUUCUUGGCCCUGAUGUCACACAAAGUCCAGGAUGUGGACCCAGAGCAGGAGCUCCGAGAGGCGUUCAAGGUCUUCGAUCGCGAUAACACCGGCACCAUUUCCAAGGAUGAGCUCAGACAGGUCAUGAAGUCGAUCGGCGAGAGCCUUACUGAGGCUGAGAUCGACGAGAUGCUUCACUUUGCUGACUCGGAUGGGAGCGGUACCAUAGAUUAUGCGCACUAG